UGGGAAGGAGGUUGGAGCUUUAGGUUCAUAUCCGUUCCGCAAACGCUGCAGCAAAGAAACGACCGUAAUAACAAUUUUGACGAUUCUUUUUUGUUUAUGGUAUUCGUCUGUAUAGCUACUGCAGUCUGGAGGAAGAUACAGAAAGUGGUCGGCCUCUACAGAAGAAGUUUACAACCCUGCUAAUUUAUUACAGAGCAUAGGUGAAGGACACACUUCACAGGAAGCGCUUGGUGGCCAAGUGCAUGAGAAUUACUUCAGCAUGCCCAUAAGGAGAAAACGCUCAUCACCCACAAUGGAAGAUUCUAGAACAAAGAAAGCCAGAGUUGCUAGCUGGGCAAGAAAGGAUGGAAGGUCAUGUGAUACAGAUAGUGCUUUCAGUUCUAAACGAUGUGUCGCUUGGUUUCAUGAAUACACAGGUGCUGAUGAAGAUGUACUAGGACCGGAGGGAAUGGAAAAAUUCUGUGAAGACAUCGGUGUAGAACCAGAAAAUAUUGUGAUGUUAUCAUUAGCAUGGAAACUUGGGGCCAAAAACAUGGGAUUUUUCACAAAAGCCGAAUGGUUGAAAGGGAUGACGGAAUUACAAUGCGACUGCCAGAGUAAACUACAGAUGCAGUUAGAUUAUUUACGAUCAGUUUUGGAUGAUCAGAUACAGUUUAAAGGAAUUUACAGAUAUGCAUUUGAUUUUGCGAGGGAUAAAGAUCAGAGAAGUAUGGAUAUAGACACAGCUAAGGCCAUGUUAGCCCUUGUGUUGGGCAAACACUGGUCACUGUUCGGCUCCUUUCAUCAGUUUUUAGAGCAAUCUAAAUACAAAGUGAUCAAUAAAGACCAGUGGUGCAAUAUACUGGAGUUCAGUAGAACCAUUCUCCCUGAUCUGUCUAACUACGAUGAGGACGGAGCAUGGCCGGUGUUACUGGACGAGUUUGUGGAAUGGUACAAGGAACAUAGAAGUAUGAACAGCUGAUUCCUUAACCAAUAGAAAUCAAGUAUCUUCCAUGAAGUGUGUUGUGAUUGGCUGCUUGACAAGGAUGUUUCUAUUAUGCAAAUGAAGUGUGGAGAAGAAAGCUGUUGGAACACAAAAAAAAGCAAAUACUGUGUGUGCUGCCUGCCUUGCAAGCAAGCUUGACGUUGAGUGACUGAGAGAAUCGAUGGCUGUGUGAUAGUUAUCAAUACCUUAUGAAUGUUUCCCGGCACUUUUCAUGUAUACGUAUUUGUUAUAAAAGAUACUUAGCAUUGUUAACAUUUAACAGUGAAGUCGGUCCGAAUCGCAAAUCACAGAUAAUUCAGGGAGUUUCUUGUAGGGUGUGGAGUGUGCUGUCACCCAAUAAAUGGUUUUAGGGUCGAAGCUUUAAUUGGCUGUCAUAGGGGUAUUGGGCUAUAAUGAAAGUCUUUGGGCUUUGAUAAAUGCUUUAAGGCUAUGGUUACUGAUUUUACAAGUAAUGAUAAUUCUUGAUACAGGUUUUGGAGAUGUAAAUGUUUCAAAGCAUUUGAUUGUAAUGAAAGGGCUAUAAUAAAUGUAUUUAAGAAGUUGAAUAAUGCUGGUAUGCUAUAAUCAAAAUAAAUAUUUAAUUGUUUUGAAAAUAAAGAUAAUAGCUAUAGAAUACUAUGAAAAAUGAUAAAAUAUCUUACUUAAAGUUCUUAUGCAAUGAAAAAUUGUUUUAUGUUCAGAUUUCAUUUUAAAUUAUUAAGAAAUUCUCGUGUACACUGGUAUUCAUGUUCAAAACAAUAACGUAACCAGAGUCAUAUUUUAGAUGUUAGAUUUUCUAUAAUAUACUGAUUUGAUUAUAUAUUAACGGGAAAGGGUAUUGCAGAACACACCAGCAUUACCUGCAGUGAUGAGGAUUCUAUGAAAUAUAUUUGAUUUGCAUUCUUGAAUUGGGCUUAAUGUUUUACCUGUAACUGUACUGGGGAUUCUUGCCAUCUCUUCAUAAUUAGAUCUGUCUUGUUCAGCUGUCAAGUAUCUGCAUACAAACUUGGACACCAUCUUUUACUAUCUCAUCAUUCAAUGUAGUUUUAAUUAAAAGAAUCAUAUUGUCUUGUAAUGUACUUGUAUUAAGAUCAAUUUUUGAUUAAUUUUUCUGAAAUAUAAAAUUGAAAUCUUUAUAAUUUUUCUGAUUCGUGAACAGAAAUUCAUGUGCAAUAAAUGAGCAGGUGAUUUUGUACAGUUCAGGUGACGACCAGACGUUUAUUGACAUAUAAGACAUACGAGAAAAUAUGAGUCGUUUAUUAUCAUAAGUUUUGUUUGUCUCCAUCCCAGGGCUUUACGAUUUCUUACAGCGUAUUACCUCUACCUUGAGAAAAGCAGAAACUGACAGGAAAAAACUAGAAAUAGUUAAGAUUAAAUGUAUCAUUGUAUAAGUGAUAUAAGCAAAGGUGUGUGUGUGGAUCAUUUUGUUAUCGGCCAUGUUGUGUCUGUACAAUAUACUUUAUUGUAAGUUCUUUGUUUUGUUUAGAGUGCUUUUGUUGAUGGCUGUUCUGGAUAUGAGUAUAUGGGGGGUGGCAGAGAGAGGCACUUUCCAUUGGUAAUAUUUGGGUGAUGGGAUUUAAAAGAAUUACCAUAGCACCUUAAAUAAUUCUAUAACAGGAAAAUUAAUACUGGGUGCGAGCUGCAAAAUCUAUUUUCUGCCUUCCCCCAUCCCCAGAAACCAUAUCAUAUUGAAUGUAAUCUAUGAUAUAUGUACAUGUUCUAACAUGGCAUAUGAAAAUAAAUCUAAUUAGAAUUAUCUAUUGUAAUAAAUUAUGAUUUUUUUUUUAGAAAAGAAAUAUCUGUUUGUAAUUUAGAAAAAAUAUAUUUGCACGAGUUAAUCAUUCUUUCACCCAUUUAAUUAAAUACUUUGUAAGUAGAGAUUCUGUAGGACAAAUUAUAUGUGUUUGUUCAAGUUUGUCUGUGUUCUAACUUAUGCAAAUGUUUGGGGAUUGUCAUGUUGUUUAGUUUUCCAGCAUUCCUGCUUCAUGGUCACACUGUUUUUAGACAUAGUGGAAAAUUAACUCACAUUGAGGAAUAGCUGAUUAUUAUUUCAUUAAUAUCUGUUCAACAAAAUGGAGCCAAGAUUUGUUCAAGGACAUGAGUGAAUCUGACCUGGUGUCGUUUUUGGCAGGUUAUAAUAAAACUAGCAAGUCAUGGAAAAAUUAUUGAAAACUGUUGCAAAUUUUGUCAAAUUCCAGACAAGCUGUGGCAAAUGACUUUCAAGACAUGCAAGCAUUUUUUCCGAGAAAAUAUUAAUUUCAUGCUGACAAAUUGAUCUGCAAUGAAUAUAAAAGCUACGAACUUUGCUUUGAUUUCAUAUAAAGCUAAUAUAUAUUUUUGUUUGUUUUCCCAAGAUAAUAUUAUAUCACUGCUCACAUCAGUGUAAAUUAAAUAUCGGACACUGUUUUCUUAUUUUUAGGUAAAAAUAGCCAAAUAAUACUUAGUAAAUUUUAAUAUGGUAUUUAACAGUUUGUAGAUUCAUUGUGUUCCAUGUCAAUGUAUAUUUACCAAAUGAGACUGUAAGAAAAAUAAUAUAAAACAAGGGAGAUAACUUCAGAACUAAAAUGAUUCGGAAAUCUUCAAUCAAUAUAAUAUUAAAGCUACUGUCAAUCUGAUUAAAACCAAUCUGUAAUCCCGCUCUGAAACUCUUUGUUAUAGGUUUUAAUCAGAUCGAGCUACCCUCAUAAGAUUUCAAUAUUUUAUGGUUCAAAAUUAUUUUAAAACAUUGGAAAUAAUAUUUGUUUUAUAAAGUUUGAUUCGCUAUUUCUCUUACAUAACACAAAAUGUGCUGAUAUAUUUUUUCAAGUUUUUUUUUAUUUUGUCAUUAAGACAACUUUGCUAGCCAAGGGUGUUCAAUACGAUACUCUCCUUAAUAGAAUGUUCAAUAUGAUAUUCUCCUUAAGGAGAGUAUGGUAUUGAACAGCCUCGGCUAGCAAAACUCUUAGUAACAAUACUUUCGAUUUAGAAUUAGCAACAUUGUUUUUCUGUUCAUUGUACAUACAUAAGUGCCAUCAUUAACAUCAUGAAACCUCAUAGUGCUAUCUAUUGUUGUUGUAUGUAAAGUUAGACAAAGUGUUUUAAAUUUAGUCCAUUUCUUGUACAUUUUGUAAAUAAUUCAUAUGUGCACUGAUUUUGAAAGUUGUAGAAACUUCAUCAAAUGAAAAUUUUCUUGAAUGCAAAUGGUGAGAUGAGCUGAAGAAGGUGAGAACUCAUUGAUGGGCAUUGUAGAUGUAUGAGGGGAGUUUUUUUUGGGGGGGGGGUGGGGGGGAUGUUGAAGGAUUUUUAACACAUUCACAGAUUCACAGUAGAUAAAAAUGAUUGAAUAUACAAAACCUUAAUGAGUGAAUAUUCUUAAGUGAUGAAUAUGAUGAUUGUGUUGAAUUACUUUUAAAUAUGAAUUUAACCCUUUAGACUUGUGUGUAUUAGUCAGGUGUAUGACUGUGUCGUUUAGAUGUUAUCGAAGGUGUUCUUUUGCCUCUUGAGUGUAUGUAGUAGUUUCCUUCUCCACUCACAUAAAUUGAAGAGUAAUUAUUUAAUUUUCACUUUUCGUUAAUAUUUUACUUCUGAUUUCUAAUCUUAUGUAGCAAACUCACUGCUGUUUAUCUUUUAAUAUCUACUUAGAUUUGGCUAUGAACCUUGUAAUAAUGACCACAUUAAAAAAAACCUAGUUUCAGUAAUUGAUAUGACUCAAAAUACUGUUUUUACUCUCGUUGGUAAAGGAUAUGUUUUAAAAUAUACCAUUCAGCUGAUUCUCGAACCCCAUUGGCUGUCAAGUUAUCUCUUACAGUUAAUACUGACAGAGUGGAACAAGGGAAAUAUCUCUGAUAGAGUAAAUUCAAAGAUCAAGUCAUAUCUGGCCAAACGAAAUCACUGGAAGUCUCUUAGUGUGGAGUGUUUAAAUACAGAUUAGGUUGAUUAUUUUUAUAAAGUAAUCAAGCACAAGAGAGGAGUAAAAAAUGCAAAAAAAAUUUUUUUUUUUUUUUUUUUUUUUUUUUUAAAUCUGCAUUUUGUUUUCAUUUAUUAUUAGAUAUAAUGUUUGCCAUCUGGAACAUUUCAACUGAAUAGUAAAAUGUCUUUGUAUGAUUGCUGGUUUUCAUAUCUAUGUGUUGUGUAAUAGCUAUCAAUUUGUUAAUGUGUCCCACAGAAUAGCACAAGUCAUCAUUUUUUGUAUGACUAUAAAUGAUGGACUGGUAUAGACUUAGUUUAGACUUUCAGGACAUUGAAGAAUUUCACACAAAUAUUCGAUAGCCAUGACUGCCUUGUACAACCACUUUACCUAAAUAUGCUGAUUAGGGAUCAACUUGAUACAUCCCAGCAUCAUAUACAUUGUGAAAGAUAUGGUGUCUGUGUUUAACUUUGAUGAAAUUCUAGGUAUUUUAGUUUUAUAAACUGUAGCUUUUUUAUUGAAAAUGCUAAUCUUAGGUAAAGUUGAUUCAGGAAUCAUAAUCAGAUAUUUAUACAAUGUACCUGGUAUGUAGUUUCAAAAAGUAAGUUAGAAUUGUAAUUAAAUACACAUAGAUUAGACAUUUUAAUCCUUCUUUUAUACAUCCCAUGCUUCUCAAACCUUUUCACAACCUGUUGAUGAAAGUUCUACUAGAGGAAUCAAUGUAUAUGGAAUAAUUAGGAUUUUUUGUUCAAAUUUAUACCGGGUAUUGUUGUUGAUCUAUAUGUUAAAUGUUUUGGUUUUAAAACUGACUGGAUGUUUAUUUUGUCCAUUUGAGAAUAUUUGUCUAUAUUGAUUGACAGCUGUGUGUGUGAAUGAAAGCGUAAGGUGUUACGGAAUAUUGUAUUGGGUUAUUUUCCUUUCAUGAUGAUGGACAAUUUUGAAAACUGUGAGUAGGAUGGCUCCCAACUUUGUAUUUGUGUAUAGUUAUCUUGAUAGUCUAUUGUAAAAUCAAUUCUUGAAUAGCCUGAAAAAGUCCAUUGCCAAAUCAUUUGUCUGACGGGAUCUAUUGUAAAAUCAAUUGCCUGACACAGUCUAUUGUAAAACCAAGUCUGACUUUAUUGUGGAUAAUGUUCUUCAUCUACAACAAAUAUUAGUCUGAUUUCAUUCCUUUUAUUUUGGAAGACACCGACCAAUGUUUAAAAAAAAAAUCAAAAUUGAUAAUUACCAGUUAAAUAGAUCAAUUGAAGGAUGUUUGUUAAUUUAUUUGACAUGAAUAUCCUUUAUCCCAAAGAGCAACAUUCUUGCAGAAUAAAUUUUAAUGCACAAGUUUUAGGGUGGAAUUUUUUAUUCACUUUUCGCAAUAACUUGUUUUUGCAAUAACUUAAAAUAUGGUUAGGGAAAAUACUUGUUCACAGUUUUUUUCUGGUAUUGAUACUAUAGAUACAUGUUAUUUAUGAUAUUUUACAAUACGAAGUUUGAAUAUUCAUGAAUGAAACUUAACAAGGGAGAUAACUACAGAAUUCAUACUUUAAAAAAGAAAACUUUUGGAAACAGCUGUUUUGAUACAAUUAUUUGGAAAAAUAAUUAAGAAAAAAAUAAUGCAGGACAGUUGAAAACUUAAGUUGGUAUGAAUGCUUAAGGGACUGGCAAUUCAUUAUCUUUACCCAAAGGCAUUAAUUAGGCUGUUUGGGCCCUCACUAAUGUAAGAUUGAUAAGAUGCUGAUGUAUUUGAGAAUUGGUCUUAUGCAUGUUAUGAGGUUUUAUAAGAAUUUUGUCAAACUCAGCCCAGUUUAACAACUCUAUUUCCUUUAACAUUGCUGAAUUUAAAUAAUCUAUUACCAUACAUUGUUGUUUGUAACCACAUAUUUAUUUUGUGUUAGCUUGUGUUCGUAGGUGGAAAGGGUUCAAACAAAUCCGAACCAUAGCUACUUUAUCAAGUAUCAGUUUCACAUAUCCGUUAAUACUAAUCAUUGAAGAACAUGUUAAUAUUUAUCAUUUUAUAUCUAAUCUGCAUUAUUUAGGUACAUGUAUAAAACAUAUACAUUUAUUAGAGAAAAUAACUUCUCUUUUGACUACCAACAUGAUAAUUCAUCUGUAUAAUUAGCAUGCAGAAUGGUAUCAAAUGUUACCUUAUUCAGAUAAAGAAUUUAUUCAGAUGGUAGUAGUAAUCUAUGUCAGUAAUAUACUAAUUUAUUAAUUAAUCUAUUGUUGUAUGUAAAUAUACAUAGUCCUCAUUUCGCUACAGUUCCAUCACAUGUCAUUUAGUAAGAAUACAUUUACACUUUUGCUUAGGAAAUGUCUUUAAAUUAAAAGUUUUAUGUUGUUAGAAGAACUGGCAUUUGUAUAUUGUUACAUCUUUCAUGGGUAUGUCAUUUCAUUUUCUUCUGUGUGCUAAUGUCUUAAAAUUUCAUUUUGUUUAAUUGAAAUUGAAGUGUCAUCUGUAGAGUCGGGAGGACAAGUGUUAAACUUCACUUAUUGAGAAAGUGGUUUACGAGCUUAAAUAUUUGUGUAGGUAUUGUUUCAUAAAAUUUGUUUAAUGGUAAGUCAGUUACAUAGAGUAGGAAAAUAUUCAGAAAAUGUUCUCAUUUUUAAUGUGUAUGAAAUAUUCAGAAAAUAUUCUCAUUUUUGUAUUUGUCUAGUAUGUUGUGAAGUAGGUAGUUACAUAAAAGUAAGUCAUGUGUGUUUCGAUAAGACUGCUCCCAACUCUUUAUUGAUUCUGUUCAAAUACCUAUGCUGUAGAAUCUGUCCUGUGAGAUGAGGAUUAUGAAUUACAGCCUGCCUUUUUACAAAUUGACAAUGGAUUUACCUUGAUAUAGGGAAAAUAAUUAAAUAUAUUUGAUUAUCUCCCUUCUUUCGUAAGAUUUGGUGCAUUUUGUUUUUUGGUCUUUUUUUUUAAGAAAAAAUAAAUAAAAGUGAAAAAAAGAUAGUAUAUUGAGCUCCAGAUUUCUUUUUAUUGUACAUGUUACUUAAUCAAAAACUUGUUCCUUUUUUUCGAAUUGAUAGUUUGGUUUUUUGGAGCCUGCAGCAGUAGACUGAUUUGGUGGAAUCUGCUGAGUUGAAUUAAACUUGAUUUAAUAGUAAUACAUUAAUUGUGUAUUUCAUAAAUCUACAAAGUGAAGCGCCUUUUGAUCCUAAUAGAUGCUAGUUUGCUGUUGUAAUGUUUGGAACAGUUACACACUAUGCAUAUUCACGUACAACCCUUGUGAUCUGAUAAAUGUGUGAAAUGUUCCAUCAAAUUUGAAUAAAUCUACGAAAGAUGUGCACCUUCCCUGUGUGUAAUGUAAAAAGAAUUGUAAGGCUUCACCUCAUAUAUUUUAUGUUCAUAGUGAUUUCUGAACGUUUUUUUUUUUUAUUUUGGAGAGGGGGGGGGGGGGGGGAGGGGGUAUUUUUGUAUAUCUACAUAAUGUAUUUGUAAUUUGACAUUUAUGGAGCAAAAGUUUGAUUAAUUUAAGAACACAGAAAUAUUUUCUAAAGUUUUUAAUGUUUUAAUAAUGGAAUCAAUAUUUUCAUUUUUUUUUUUUUUUGUAUGUAAGUUUAUUUCAAAACUUAACACAAAUUUGGAAACUUGUCUAAAAAAAUUGAAGAUAAACAGAAAAAAAUACUUAUGAAUUCAAGACUGCAUACAAAAAUAUGUUUCGGUGUUUUGAUGCUUAAAAUAUAUCUGGUGAUGUUUGGUCUAGGAAGACAAAGGAGUUUGCUGUGGACGCUAGUGGUGUUAGGUGAAGAAAACCAAAAAGAAUUUGUUGUGGGCUAAAGGAAUGUCAAUUCUUUACUUAUCUACUGUGAUCUGUGAGAGUGAGGGAAAGCUGUUGUGAAAACCAGUCAGGCCAGUUCAUACUUUGAAAUAUAUAAAUAAAUGUAUAUUAUAUGAAAUAA